GCUCAUUAAAAAGCAAAAUAUCAGAUAAAAACUGGUAAGUCUCAUUGACAAACAGGUGAGUGAUGUACUGAAAGAAUCAAGUGUUGUACAGUAAACUAAUAAUAUGGCCUGUCAAGUGUUCUUUAAACUUUAAGGUCCUGAAUCUUUGAUGCAGGAAGUCUGACAGUAAAAUUUACCUUUUUCAUGUGCACUUUACUCCGCUUUGGUCUCAUAUGCAAGAAUCUCCGAACUUUGAGGUCUUGAUCAACAAUCUCUUGAAAACUUUCUCAAAUUUGACCUGGAGACAGCAAAAUGGGUUUAAUCAUUUACCGAAAUCUCAGACAAGAAAUCUGAAAUCAGUAACUUUUUUACACACAAAAAACACCAUUUUUAGUUCCUCGUGUUGCAUAAUGUUCUGAUAAGACUUUGAUUAUGAAACCCAGCUAUUCCUAGAUGACACGUGACAUGCAUUUUGAAUAAGUUCUUUACAACAUUUUUUCAUGAUGAUAAUUAGUAAAUCUUUCUAAUAAAUGGAAAAAUUAGAAUUAAAAAGAGGAACUUAGUUUAGUCCCAAACUGGUUUUUCCUGAUUGCAUUUUCUCUUGAAGAAGGGGGGUUCCUGCAGUAGUUUCAGCUUUCAUUGUUCUCACACUUGUGGUGAAUCAGGUGUACUUUGAACAGGCCCGUGUUUGGUUAAAACCAGCCUUGCACAGGAUGGGUGGGGUGAAGUGUUCUGUCUUUAAGUAGACAAGGUAAAGUCUCCUGUUGGGAUUCGUGUUCAGGCAAAGAGUGGGCUUGAAUGGAAUCCUUCAGCUGACUCUGGAACAUACACUGAAGGGAUUACUGAACUUUUUGGGAAUAACGGCUUUGGACUUUUAAUUUAAACUACAAUGGAGACCAACAGUGGUGCCACCAGAAUCCUUGGGAAGGGUCCUGAGUACCUUCGAAAGCAAAUGGAACGGGAGAGUGAACCAAAAGGACGGGUGAGUGCUGUGGAGAGACUCGCUGCAAGCAAGCCCAAAUAUGUCAAAAGUCAGCAAGUGGUCAGCUCAACCCAAGAGCCGGCGAUCAGUUCAGCUUCUGUGAGUGGCGCUGAGUCUUCUAACCACAACCAUGUUGGGACCCCCCUCUCAGGAAGCAACUCAUCCGAGAAUACAGGUGUUGCACAAGUCUGCUUGGGAGGUAAAGUGGAUCGAUCCAGCUCCAAAAAACGACGAGAUUCUCUCCAACUUUACAGACAGAAAUGUGACUUACUCCAAGGGGCCGAAAAUGAUCGGAAACGCCUUGUGAGUCGUCGGCUGCAACUCAUUUCUGUGAAUAAAGGUGUCCCGUUACCUGAAUCCUUGGAAAAGGAAUGUGAGUCUGAAAGCAACAGGAAAAAAAUGAUCACACCUGAGGAAACGGCUAAGGAAUGUGGCUCCCGUGUAGUAAUCAAUCAGCCGGAGGAAAGGUCGAAUGGAGUUUUAGAGGAGUCCAGCGACAAAUGCAGCAAUUCUGGGACAGCUGGAGGUCUCCUUGCAGUUCCUGACACUGAGAGGUCAGGCGCGAAAAUCGGUCGUUCCCACUCUGACAUCAGCUCCAGGUACUCCAAAAGCUUUGCUGACUUUGACGUGUUUUUCAAAUACUGCGGCCUGGAUGGCGAGGUCGUCGAGUCUCUGGGAAGGGAAAACUUUUCGGCACGCUCGGACGAGAUCUCCAUCAACAUUCGAAGCGUCAGCAUCUCCACUUCAGAUGACAAUUUCUCCAAGGACAGCGGCGACAGCGACGGGCUGCUUCAGGAUGAGCUGCUUAAGAAAAAACAACAAGGCACAUCGGUUAUUGAGAGAAACGCACGUAUAAUUAAAUGGUUGUACAGCUGCAAGAACGCAACAGAGACAGGAAAGAAGCUACGAGACCUCAACUGAAUGCUUGCUACAUCCUGCAGCAGCAGUACUGAUGUAAACCUCAACAUUUCUCAGCUAUAAGCUAAGAGUUGGUUAUUUGGGCAUUAGAUGGAGGAAGUUUGUUACCAAAAACCCACCUGUGAACCAACUUGUGGAAAAUUUCUAAACAAACAUGGAAUUAGUGCUUCUGUUGCUAAAACCUCCGCUGGUAUUUCUCUGUCACAUUGGAGUUGAAAAAACUGUUUACAAACCACACGUUUCAAAAUGUUGUCUUAUUAAUAUUAGUCAUCAUGGACUGUUAUUCAAUUGAGGAUUUUAUUUAUUGCAAAUAUUAAAAAGUCAAAAUGCAUUUGAGCACUAAAUCUGAUCAAAAUGCAUAUGUGAAUAUUUUGAAAUGUUAACUGUUUGACAGAAGUCAUAUGAUUUAUAAUGAAAUGCAACUAAUCCGUUGCAGAUACCAAAAAAAGUUGGCCUAUUUUUCUAUUUCUCAUGUGUAAAACUAUUACAGUGUAUCAGAAAAUACAGAUAAAACACUUUUAAACCAUAUAGUUAAAUAUAUUGUUCUGAAUAAUACAUUUGCAACUGCAUUUGACAGUUUAUGAACAUUACUUUUUACCAAACUAAACACAGAUGGGGUUUUAUGCUGUUUGUCAUAAAUUUCCAGUAUUUAUUAGAAGAAUGGUUCUCUGUGUGCUCAACAUGAUUUUUUUUCAUUUAAAACAGAAUUUAUCUUUUUAAUGUGAGUGUGUUUCUGCACAACUUAAUUAUUAUUUUACCCAUUCAUAACUUCCUGAACAGCCUCUUUUUGGGGACAUGACUGUCUUUCAAGACGGAUGAGCUAACAUCAGACAUGACCAAAGCAGCUCUAAACUCCUACAUUUCAGAUGUACAUGCAAAUGCUAAUUUAUGAGCCUUUGCAUGGUUAUCAAUCUUGCAUUAUACAGAUUUUUCAGCAGUGAUAACAAGAAAUUCCAGCCAGACUUGAUUCUUUUAGCUGCUGGAUGAGAUAUGUACACUUGUCCAUCAGCAAGGAAAUUAGGGUAAAUAACAAUGUUAUGUAAAAAUGUUAAUGCUUGUAAAAAGAUAUUGUGCAAACUAAUAUGAAAUUUAGAGGCUGAUGAUGUUUUCAGCAAGCAGCAGAAAAUGUUGGCCUUAACUCAGAUUAGCCAUUAGCCUAUCACUUCUAAAGGACAAGUUGUUUUUUGACUACUUGUCAGCAAGGACUUUAUCUACAACAAGUAACAUUUUGCACAGAAAGACAUCUUAAAAGGACCUUGAAAAUUACACUGCAAAAACUGAUUUCUAAGAAAGAAAGAAAAUAAUCUAAUUUUUAAUCAUUUUAUGUUGUUUUUAAUCUAAAAAGAAAACAAAUUCUUCCCAAAAAAGAUAGCAUUACUUAAAGUUUGAAUAUGGAACACGAACACCAAAGCGACAUGGCAGCUGCAGUUGCAAACGCAGCUUUCCCAUCCAUGAAAUUCACCAUUCCCGCAUGCGUUUUGAAGCCGUGGCCAUUUUUAUUUGGGUUCAUCUGUUGUAGGCUUUGCCUAAACUCACUCUGGUUUUAGAUCUUUUAUGGUCGCUCCUCUUCUGAGAAGGGUAACGACAUCUCCUGGGCUCAGAAGCAGCUGCUUGACUUGCAGCUUCCUCCGUUUUCCACAGAGCCAGCCUCGCUGUGCCGAGCAGAUUGUUUGGCAACCCACAAUGGUUCCCUCUGUUGGCUAGUAGAUCUAAACAGAACCCCAGAGUGGUGCCUGUCAAAAUAAAUAUUUGAUUUGUUUUUAAUUAAAAUGUAGCCUUUAAAGGAAAUACUGUACCUUCAUUCUCUAAAUACACCUCUAAAGUCCCCAUAGAGGUAUUUUUUAUUUAGCUUUUUAUUAAAUUGUUUCAUAUUCAACCUUAAAAAUAAGGUAAAUAUUCUUAAAAAUGGUCCAAAUAAUACUAAUAAUGAAGCUUUUUUUUACUUUCUCAGAAAUUAGUUUUUGUAGUGUACUUUAGCAAGUUUUCAAAUCAUCACUAUCACGUAUUGUGUUUUUUCCACCAUGUGCUUUACUUUUAUUAAAAAAAGAAUAAGCGGAUGAGAUAAAAAGGUCUGAGCUCAUGCCAGACACAGUCAUGGAUUAUCUCCAUAAAUUCUGUUCCAUGCUGAACUUUCAGACUACCACAAGCAUGAAAGAGUCCCAAAUUAAAGUUCAUCCUGAAAGCCUUUUAAGUUAAUCUGACGAGAGUGGUCCUUCAUUUUCUCCAGGUGAAAGGUAUGCUCUCCAUCAUAGACAUUGAUAUUAAAAAGUGUCUUUCUGUGAGACGUGUCACCUCCUUUCUUUUGUUUUUGUGGCCAAAUGACUAAUGAGUAAUAAAACUACUCAUUCAUGUCUGAACGAGCUAAAAACCAUAAAAGAAGCGGCCAUUUCUCCAGCCAAACUGUCAUCUGGUCCCUAAGAUGUGUGUGAGAAGAAUGUGCCUAAUAACCUGAUGGUCUUAUCUCCACUGACCCACUGAAACUGUAUGAUCAAAUCUACUCCGGCCUUGUCUCCUCAACACUUCUUUUUGUUUUCUUGCCAAGUUUCUUUUGCUGAUUGUUUAACUCUCAGAAGCUGUAACAUCAAGAGGGGAACAAAGGCAAUAGAACUGUGGUUGACCCAGUUUUUCCUAACAGUUACCACCCAUUCUGCUGCUUUGUUGAAAAGCUAAUGCAUGAUAAGCAUCAGUAGUACAAAUUACUCAACAUCUGAACAAAUUCCUCCCAUUUCCAUGAACCGUUCAUUGUUUAUCAUCCAGCGAGUCACAUCCUGCCUUCUCCACGUGCUUUCUUGCAAGAAUUUAGAUAUUCUAGUUGGAAUAAGAAGAAUCACAGAUCUGAUUUUAUAAUUUCACUGCAAAACUUCUUUAGUGACACAAACAAGUUUUAAUUUCUGAUUUAUACCCUUCUUGUAUUUACAAACCAGGGCUGGCCCAAGGCAUUCGUGAUUUAAGCGACUGCUUUGGGCCCCCGCACCACCAGGGGGUCCCCAAGUGCAUAAAAAUAACGUGAAAAACAUGUUUUAAUAGCUUUAAAUUUUGCAAACACAAUUAUAUCACACAUGGAAGAUGAAUGACAGACUAUUUUCUAUAGUGUAAUUGGUUUUAUUUUUUCUGAUUGCACAUUUGAUGCAUUUGUUCCAAAUUUAAGAACAAAACUUAAGACAAGACUUAAAAGUUAAAAGACUUAAAACAAGACAUAAAUUGUUGAAUUAUUAUACCACACUUAAACAACACUCUGCAUUUUAAAAUGCUAAAUUAAUUAGCGCAACUAAUGUAAGGUUAAUAGCCAUUAUAAAACCAGUAAGAUUUAAGCUAUUUACAAAAGAUGCUAAUGAUAUUGUUAAACUCAUAGUGAUGCCUAAGAAUUAUCAAUGAUCUGGUGUUGACUGGUUGGUAUGGGGGCCCCAAAGGAAAACUUGCUUACGGCCCCACAAAUGCUUGGGCCAACCCUGUUUACAAUGAUGUUUAAACUAUAAAAGAAGAUCUAAUUUUUAAAA